UCAAAUGACAACAUUUUUUGCAUUCUAUUCAUGGUGGUAUUGGUGACAUCGUCGCUUUACGCGACGAAUGGUUUCGUUUCCUCUCUUCCUUAGUUUUGAACCACAAAAAACACGCACACCCUCUCAUAUGUACCAUUUACACAAACAGUUGCGUUGAGGAAAUACAUAUCUAAACGGGUUUUUUUUACCACUAUCUGUGUAAAUAUUUGAAUGCACAGCGAGAAUGAUUUUCCACACUGAUUUCCCCAUCUCUCUCUUUUAAAAGUUACUGAUCCGGAAAACCAGGAAUUGGUGAAUAUUGUAUGGAAGUAUUUGAAAACGUCAUUUUAAAGCUGGUGUUCCUGAUUUAUUACAUUCCUUGCACUUCAUAGGUCAAUGGCAACACAUACGUAUUUUUCGUGCUUUGGAGCAUUUUUUUCAGAACUAUACAAGAGCGGACUAGUGUAAUACAUUGUAGUUCGAAACUAACACGGGAUAAAGCUGAGAAAUCAUGGAGCGAGGUUUGGAUCUGAGAAGACUUCAUGUCUUUCUUCAGUCAUCAUUGUCGCUACUACUGUUGUGUCCAGCACGCUUUUCCAUAACAGCAGGGAGUUCAACAGAUCAACCAUGUAAUGUCCAGCCUAUACAUAAAUGUCUCAUCAAUACAUAUGACAUGGAAAAUAAUCCAACGUCAACUUCUGCUCCUCCUAUUAUAACAAUGUCAUGUCCUGAUUAUGAGAGUAACGAAGAUCAAGAAUUCUACUGGGCAAGCGGGGAUUCAUGUUGCCCCCAAAAUGAGGUUACUGCAGAAGUAAACCUUAAACCUGGAAUGAGAACAAAAAUAGAGUGUUCGCUGGUGGCCUCGGAUCAUGACGCCAUCACGAAUCCUGUGAUCUACGAGUGGACAAUGCAGGCUCUUGAAGGGUAUCGGAUUAUUCUGACAGUAGUUACACACGACGUCUACAACACAUUUACAGCGACAGAUGAAGAGGGCGACAGCGAGUUCACAUUUUCUACUAGAAGCUUUUUCGAGGUUGGGGACUCCUUCUUAUCAUCGUCCAAUGUUGUCCACAUGGAAGCUUCUUUAGAGAGUUUGGAUUCACAAUUCACCGUCAUUGGGCAGGUAGUCAACAUAUUAAAUACAUUCGACAUCACCGAUGAUCCCCAGGGGUGCUCUGACAAUGGAAGGAACUUAUGGGAUACAGAUACAGGAUGCAGCGACGAUUCACACAGAUUUGAGGGAUCCUGUUACUUCUUCUAUUCAGUGGGGACGGAUCUUAACUCGGCGAGGCAGAUGUGUGAGGCAAGGACCGAAGGAUCCCAUCUCGUAUUUAUUGACAACAAGGAAGAGCAGGAUUUCCUAGCGUCUACCUCUGAUGACAUCAACCAAGGUAGCAAAGAUUGUUCAGAUGACCAUGACUGUGAUUACUGGGUCGGAAUUGAGCGGAGUAAUGACGGAGAACUUACUUGGAUGGAUGGAUCACAAAUAAUUUAUGAACAUUUCAAAAAGUUCGACGACGAUGAUGAAUGCUUUCGGUUGAAGAGUGAGGACGACUACGUUUGGGAGUCACAUAAUUGCAAUCACAGGCAUUACGGCUACAUCUGCGAAAAAGAAAACGACUGUGAGCAGAAUUCUACAACUUUACCUGUGUAUGAACCUUUGUACAGAUAUGGAGGAUCAUGCUACUAUUUUCACUCUAACGAGCCCAUGGGAUCAAACAUUGACGGAGCAACCAAAGCGUGUGAGGGGAUGGAAGGCUUUCAUCUCGUUUACAUUGAGAAAGCAGAAGAGCAGACAUUCCUAGUUUCCACUUCUCAAAUGAUCAAUCGUGAUGAAGGCAGAGAUUGCUCAAUGGACCAUGACUGUGAUUACUGGAUAGGAUUAACAAGGAACAGCGAAGACCAACUCGUGUGGAUGGAUGACUCGCCAAUCACCUACAAAUAUUUCAAAGCAUUCGAUGUCGACGAUGAGUGCUUUCGAUUGAAGAGUGAGGACGACUACGCUUGGGAAUCUCACGAUUGCACUCACGACCACUAUGGCUACAUAUGUGAAAGAGAAGUUGGCUACCAUGGGGCAAAUCAGAGUGACAUGGGAUGCAUUACCUAUAAAGCCCGACCAGCAGUCUCCCGAACAACGCUAACAGACACGAAUGACGACAUUCUACUCAUGUUCAGAUACUACAUCAAAACAUUCGAAGAAUCUGCAGGAAACAAUGAAACCGUCAACUUGUGGACAGGGAAUAAUAUCGUUUAUUGUAAAUCCAGCAAUGUCGAAACUAUACCUCAGACAAGGACCAGUCUCAAAAUCGACAUAUCCUGCGGUGUCUCAUCCGAUCAAUUGGUGGCGAAGUUCCAAGCUAAGGGAAAAGGACUAGUAAAAAUAAGCGACAUCCUGUUCUUAGUAAGUGAGAAAACAAGUCCGGUCGGACCACAGCCAACAUCAACCCCUUUGAUGACGACAAGACAAAGUACUACAGGAGCAACCACGAGCACGUCAACGUCCCCGAGGACGAAACCUCUAUCAACUUCGCUCCGCCCAUCAAGUAAUCCAAUGACAUCAUUACAUCGAAGCUCACUCUCACCUACUGCCCAUCCUAGCACUUUACACAUCUCAACCACAGAGUUUUUGGGGAUAUCAAGGCCAUCUUCAGGUGGACAUGGAGUCGUCAUUUCCGUGGUAGUGGUCCUUAUCAUCGUCUUGAUCAUCGCUUUGAUAGGAUUCUUGUGGUACAAAAAGAGGAGAAAUUCAAAAGAUCACCAACAUCCCAAAGGCUCCAAUGGAAAUUUACAAAACCCUGCAUUCGAGAAUGACAUUGGCGAACAACACGAGUACGCAGAGUUCAUUGAUCCGGAAAAGAAAAAUGCUUCCAACCGAAACAGUACUUCUGAUGCCAUGCAGCAUUACUACUCCGAUCUACCUUGUUCUGCCUCUGUGACCACCAACCCUGCUAUUUACAACGAGGUGGGGGAACAGGACUACAAUACUCUCUUCGGUGGCAAGGAGAGGGACGACUAUCACGAAUACAGUCAACCCGACAGCAAACAAAGCAAUCCAAAUGCCAAAGACACUCCAAAAGAAAGCUCAUACCAGGAACUAUUCGAAGAUGGAAAGAGGCAUCCUGUAGCAGGUGCUAACCAGUUGCAAAGAUCCCUGGGAAUGGAACAAGCGGUAGCUACAAGUCAAUCGAAAGUUGGCGAGCGCAACAGUACAGGUGACCACGCAUAUCAAGACUUACGUAAGGACGACGUCGGUUACACUUCCCUUCAGAAGAGUCCAGAGAUUGGCCAGAAACCUGCGACCGGAGACACUGAUCAAGAAUUGGAGAACAGCUACCAGGCUCUUCAUGCUGACAGCCCUGAGUAUUUCACCCUUGAACCUGAUGAAACUAACACGUCUCCGAGCCAGGAAAAUCUUCAAAACAGUACCUACCAACCACUAACACAGGAGCCUCAAUAUCACGACGCCGGUCCUGAGAAGGGUAACACUCCGACCAGAAAAGACGCUACUUAUCAACCUCUGUUGACAGAUGUAAGCAACCACGUUGGCUCAGACUCGGUUUCCGUCAAUGCAUCAAAGCAAGGAAAAAACAAUCCAUCUGAUCAUCCGCAGCAAAGAUUGACGGCUUCAUCUUCGGAUGGUUAUGCUUCAUUGGUAUCAACAGCCGAAGAAGAGGACGAACAUGAAUAUGAAUCUCCAAAGGGUAGGCCAACGACAAGUGACUACGAAGAUCCAAUAAAUGAUGAACCAUACAAUCAUCUUCAGCGCAAAGCCGAUCAGGGUCCGUCAAGUUAUCAGCCACAGACAAGACAAACAGAAGAUGAUUAUGAAACUCCUGUAAACAACUAUGAUUCUACAUCCGAUACUUACCAGACAUUGGGCAAUAGUCAAGAGACGUCCGAUGGUGCAAAUGAAGAAUACUCACAUCUUCAGAGACAUUUCGGAGCCAGACCGGGAGACUCUCCUCGUAUCUCUGAUAACACUAACCAAUAUGGUACACUUGAUUUGGGGAAAAAUACAGGAAAAUAAAUUUACGCAUGGCACUUCAUACAGGGCACUAUAUUUGACAUCGAUAUGCUGACGAAGAAAUGAAAUUAUUAAUAU